UCAAUUAGCUUUUUCUUCAAAUAUUGUUCCAUUCUUGACAACAACCGUUCUUGAAUUGGAAAACUUAUACUUAAGUAAUUUUUUAUUACGAAGAUUAAGAUAGACAAGAAUUAGGGUAAUAUAUAUAGUUUUGUGGGAGAAAUAGACAAGAAUGAAGAAGAGACAAGUAGUGAUGAGAAAUGAAGGAUCUGAGAGAAGCUCUGCCACGCAGGUUGUCCGAAUAGUUGAAUACGCCGAAUGCCGGAAGAACCAUGCAGCCAAUAUCGGAGGAUACGCUGUAGAUGGGUGCCGGGAGUUCAUGGCCGGAGGCGAGCAAGGGACAACGGCCGCACUCAGCUGCGCGGCGUGUGGCUGCCACCGGAACUUCCACCGGAGGGAAGUGGUUGACAAAUGAGAGGUGUGGUUUAUGAGAAAACCCCUCAUAUCUUUAUAAAGACAUUUAUUCCCAUGUUGCACAAUUUUACAUAAAAUACAAGUAUUUAGGUUUCAAAAUUAUAACCAGAAGUUGAGUAUUUGUAGUUGAUGUCAUGCAUGGUUAAUUAGUUAAUUUUGAAUUGAUUGCUUAUUGGUAUAGUUUUUAAUAGUAAUCCAUAUGUAUUCCCCCUCCCCUCCCCCUCCU